UCCUCAUUUUCAUUCAAACCCUUUUUCCUGUUGCAUCUGCAGCUAGGAGACCAGAGACUGGAGCAUCUAGCCCUACCUAUGGAAACUCAGGCUGACCGUGUAUCUCAGGAACCUCAGGCUCUGCUUGAGAGUGCACUUCCUUCUUCAAAAGUUCCUGGCUUUUCAGAUAAGGACAGCUUAGGAGGUGAAAUGUUGGCAGCUGCACUCCUAAAGGCCAAGUCCCAGGAGUUGGUGACAUUUGAAGAUGUUGCUGUUUACUUCAUCCGGAAGGAGUGGAAGCGUUUGGAACCUGCUCAGAGGGACCUCUACAGGGACGUGAUGCUGGAGAAUUAUGGCAACGUGUUCUCACUGGAUGGUGAGACCAGAACUGAGAAUGAUCAGGAAAUUUCUGAAGAUACAGGACCACAUGGGGUGCUAUUAGGAAGAUUCCAAAAGGAUAUUUCUCAGGGUCUUAAGUGUAAAGAAGCCUAUGAACAAGAAGUCAGUCUAAAGAGGCAGCUGGGGAACUCCUCUGGAGAAAGAUUGAAUAGAAGAAUGCAAGAUUUUGGUCAAGUGACAAUUGAGAAAAAGUUAACCCCCACUGGAGAAAGAAGUGAGAUGUAUAAUGAUUUGGGGAACGGCUUUACUGUGAGUUCCAAUCUUAUCUCACAUCAGAGACUUCCUGUGGGAGACAGACCCCAUAAGUGUGAUGAAUGUAACAAGAGCUUUAAUCGAACUUCAGACCUUAUUCAACAUCAACGAAUCCACACUGGGGAAAAACCCUAUGAAUGUAGUGAAUGUGGGAAAGCCUUCAGCCAGAGCUCACAUCUUAUCCAGCAUCAGAGAAUCCACACUGGGGAGAAACCUUAUGAAUGUAACGAUUGUGGGAAGACCUUCAGUUGUAGCUCUGCUCUCAUUCUACAUCGGAGGAUCCACACCGGGGAGAAACCUUACGAAUGUAACGAGUGUGGGAAAACCUUCAGCUGGAGCUCCACCCUGACUCACCAUCAGAGAAUCCACACUGGGGAGAAACCCUAUGCCUGUAAUGAAUGCGGCAAGGCCUUCAGCAGGAGCUCCACCCUUAUUCACCAUCAGCGAAUCCACACUGGGGAGAAACCCUAUGAAUGUAACGAGUGUGGGAAGGCCUUCAGCCAGAGCUCACACCUCUACCAGCACCAGAGAAUCCACACUGGAGAGAAGCCCUACGAAUGUAUGGAAUGUGGAGGAAAGUUUACCUAUAGCUCAGGCCUUAUUCAGCAUCAGCGAAUCCACACAGGGGAGAACCCCUAUGAAUGUAGUGAGUGUGGGAAAGCCUUCAGGUACAGCUCAGCUCUUGUUCGCCACCAGAGAAUCCACACUGGAGAGAAGCCCUUGAACGUAAUGGGUUUGAGCAAAAGUUCUCUCAGAGUUACUGCAGAGUUAAAUACCAGAGGGUCUACGUGAGGGAACCAGACGCCUGUUUUCCGCACGCCUCGAGUCUCGAGCUCUUGCCUUACUGCAUAAUAUGAGCCGCUUAGGCUGUGUCCCUUCCAACUCAGACCUUUCACCUGAGAGAAUGGGGGAAGUUGGGCAAAUCAUCCUUCACAGUGAUCGGCAACCUAGUGUAUUUCCCCAGGAAUCAAACCAGCACUGGAAAACGAUCCCCAUCAGACUCCUCUAGACGCUGCUGCAGACGGUCUCCAAAUCACGACACAGGCAUUCCUGCUCCCACCUUCAGGCCCACACUCGGGAGUGUGUGAGCUGCAGAUCCUGCCGUGUAGCACAGUGCUUAGGACCAGCAGCCCGGACGGGAAAGGUCCUGUGGGGUGUGGGUCCUUGACAGGAGAGCAUCUGGGGGUUGGCUGGCAGUGGGGCAAACAGCUUUCUUGGUUUGGCCAUGCGUGGGAGUGUGUUGCAGCCACGGAGGAGGCUGGGAUGAAGAUGUGGAGAAGUUAAGGAAAUGUUUGGAACUGUGAUUACAUAUUAUAUAUUGUGAUUGACCACCUAAUAUAUGUUUUUAGCUUCACAAAACUAAAUGAAACUGAUCAUUUUUA